AGACAUAGAUUAGUGUUUAAUGCAUUUGAAAGCAUAGAAACAUACAUAUAGUGUACACACAGUGUGUAUAUGUGUUGUAGUGUUGGACUAUUGGCCGCUAUUUUCAAUUGUCAUCAAUUGAUUGCUUGUAAACAUUACAACAACUGUGCGCUCACUUCAACACAACUAAUAGUAAUACAACCAUCACUACAAUGGCUUUACUAAAUCAAAGAUCAGGUCAAAGUUCGUCAACAACAGCGGCCGACAAUGACUUGGCCUUUACAUCGCAAGACUUGAGCGAUUUGGCCGCAAGAAUUGGUGCCGACUUUACACUUCCCGAAGAGCAUAAUCUUGUCGAUGAGUUUGUUAAUAACGAUAUACUGGUAAAUGUAGACCAAAGUCAAGUGAUUGACGACAAGAGUGGCAAUAAUAAUAAUGCCAACGAUGUCGAUAUGGACACAAUUGUGAUCGAAACGAUCAAUGAUGUCGAUAUGAACGAUGCAAUUGUCUUCGACAAUGUUGGCAAUGAAGUGAGCAUUUCAUCGACCAAUCAAUUCUCCGACAGACAGUAUCCUGCGACUGCUGUUAUGACCAAAUCCGUAACAGCCUCUCGGGGCCGAAGAGGAACUGGAGGACAGGCAAAGAUUCGCCCACCAAAUCCACAACAAAUAAUACCCAUAUCUCAGGCGACUUCACAAUUCGUAAAAUUGAGUGCUUCAUCUCAACCACAAAUUAUACCCUUAAAUGCUCUGAGUUUGAGUCAAUUAAGCACUUCUCAAGUGUUGACUACUACCUCACCAAUUAAACUCCAAUCCGCUAAAAACAAAGCCAAGAAAGUGACAAAUGUGACCACAGUUUCAAGCAAUCAAAUAUCAAACGACACAUCGACUGUGAAAGUGAUUUAUACAUCACAGGGACAACAGAUUGUUUUUUCGCCAUCAAAACAGACUCAGUCGUUAAGUUCUGUUAUGUCAAUGCCGACCACCACCGGCGUUGCUCCGCCCGGAAAGGUUCUGCUCAGACCUAUUGGACAGGCAUUCUCUAAGACCGGUGUCAAUACAAAUCAAAAUCAACCGCAACAAGUGAUAAUCCUCUCACCAGUGAAAACAUCGACGACAGGUGUAACAACUAUAGCACCAGCAGGCGGCAAAAUAUUGCCCGUUAAAUCUGGACAACAAUUUAUUGCGGCUAAAUCGCCGCAACGCAUUUUGGCUCCGGCACCCACGCAGCCCAAGAUUGCUAUAAGUAAAGCGUCAAAUGAUGCCAAACCAGUACAACUCAUUCGUGUGGUUCCCAUAUCAUCAGCACAAUCACCUCAAUUUACAUCAAUUUCAUCUAAUAAAUUGGUUCCAUUGAGAUCAAUUGCACCCAACACUAGUGUUCGAGCUAUCGCUCCCAUAACACAAUCACCUGCCACUAAACUCAUUGUUCCGACCAGUGGUGUUAAAGUGACCUCUGGUUCACUUGUAGUAAGCACUGCGGCAUCAACUGUAUCCCAAACUGCGUACAUAACAACACCGGGCACUUCAAAUUCAGGACAGGUAUUCAUGUUACCAAAUCCAUCACUUUUAAAGAUGACUCCGACCACAACCAUUACUACAACGACACCUACAUCAGCAAAGUCGGUAACAUUUGCCACAUCUGCCACUCAGAGGACAAAUUAUGUGCCGAUUGCGCCGUCACCGAUGACCACUACAUCAACUGUCAAUUCAUUAACGGCGGCACAAAUUGGUUCAUUGAAGAUCUCUAACGGAAGCACAAAACCGGCUGAAGACCCGAACCAACGAAAACCAUGCAAUUGUACUAAAUCUCAAUGUCUUAAACUGUAUUGCGAUUGUUUUGCAAACGGAGAGUUUUGCAGUUCUUGUAAUUGCAUCAGUUGUCACAAUAACUUGGACCACGAAGAGGACCGACAGAAAGCUAUUCGUCAAUGUCUUGAACGAAAUCCACACGCUUUUCAUCCAAAGAUUGGUAAGGGAAGAGCUGGUGAUACCGAACGUAGACAUACAAAGGGAUGUAAUUGUCGACGAAGUGGUUGUCUAAAGAAUUAUUGCGAGUGUUAUGAGGCAAAGAUUCUAUGCUCUGGUCUUUGCAAAUGUGUCGGCUGUAAGAACUUUGAGGAAAGCUUUGAACGCAAAACACUCAUGCAUUUGGCCGACGCGGCUGAAGUGCGGUCAGCCCAACAAAACGCUGCCACCAAAAACAGACUCUGGAGCUCUGAUUUCAAACCAAAACUUCCCAUUAGAGUUGAUGGGGACAGGCUUCCCUGUAGUUUUAUAACAGCCGAAGUUGUUGAGGCCACGUGUCAGUGCCUAUUAGCUCAGGCAGAGCACGGAGAACGAGUUGGACUCGAUAUCAAACAUAUCGAGAAAUUGGUGAUCGAAGAGUUUGGCAGAUGUUUGACACAGAUUAUUGAUUGCGCCGCCAAAACCAGAAACGCAAAAUUUAAGACAGAAAUAGUUUAGAGAAACAUUUCAUUGAAAUGUCUCAAGAAUUUCAUAUUUAUUUUAAUUGUAUUUUUAUGUUUUUUUUUUUGAUGAGUCGUUAUUUAUUUUGAAUUUGAAAAAUUUUAAUUUGA